UUUUUGUGGAAGCAUGUUCUGUCAUUUCAUUUAUGUAAAUGUCUGUGUGUUCAUUGAUAACCAAAAUACAGUCAGACCAUAGAGCAUUUCUCCUACAGGCCACGUUACACACAGAGACAAAAUAUAAUUAUGAUAAAAACAUUUUAAAGGUGACAUUUGAUGUAUUUAGGAGACAAUCCCGACUUCCUCUCAUGCACACACGUGGGAAAUAAGAAAUCAAUGGUUGUAAAAGGUUGUUGUUAUAAAGUAUUUUCCUCACUCAUUGCGUUUUUUUUUAACAUGGGUUGGGUCAGGGAAGUUCGCAGAGACAAUAUUAGCAACCUUAUGACUUCUGGGGAAGUAAACAAGUUUGGCAGGGGAGGGUUAGCCUGCACUGGGAAAACUUCUAUGCAGUCAGACUUUCCUCUACAUAUACUGAACUAUGGCAAAUACACAAGUGUCAGUCGUGACAGUCGCCCCGUUGGGAGACAGUCCAGUUCAGGUUGUCUGUCCCGAGUGUCAUCAGACAGUACUCUCCAAGGUGGACUACUCCUCUGGUUUGCUCACUUACCUUUUCUGUGGAGGACUCUUCUUCUGUGGCUUUGUUUUAGGUUGCUGUCUCAUCCCGUUCUGUGUGGACCGACUGAAAGAUGCAAAGCACACCUGUCCUACCUGCAAGACUGCACUUGGCGUGUAUAAACGCCUAUAACCGAUAUUAGUGCUACACCAUAUAGUCGAUUCCUUGGCAACUAUUUUGAUCACCAAAUAAUAGUUUUAGUAAACUUUUUCUAAGCAAAAAACUCAUACAUUUGCUGAUUACAUGCUUCUUAAAUGUGAAUUUGAUGCUUUUCUUAGCCAUACAUGAUAGUACACUGAAUUUGAAGAUGUCACCCUGCGUUGUGGGAAAUUACACAGGGCCUUAUUUUGACUAUUUCCUGACAUUUUAUAGACAAAAUGAAUCGAUCAAUCGAGGAAAUAAUGGGCAGAUUAUGUGAUACUGAAAAUAAUUGUUUGUUACAGCCUCAACUGACGUGGUGUCCUUAGGGUUAAACCUCCAACACAUCCAUCCGUACACCAGACUACAGACUGCAGUUUCCUCCUGAAUGAACCACUGUUGCAUUCAGAAAAUGUAAUUAUACUGAAUCUUCCAGUAAUAAAGCUUGCCACUAA